AUGUAUGUGGGCUAUCUUUUGGAUAAGGACACUAACAUGUACCCUGCCCCGGUCAGGCACCCCAGCCUGAACCUCAGCCCCCAGAACUACGUGCCUGCGCCCCCUCAAUACUCGGAUUUUGCCAGCUACCAUCACGUGCCAGGGAUUAACAGUGACCCGCACCAUGGGCAGCCUGCGGGCGCCUGGGGGUCGCCAUACACACCCACCAAGGAGGACUGGCAUUCCUACGGGCCUGGAGCCGCUUCUUCCGUCGCUAACCCGGGGCAGCUCGGAUUCAGCCCCCCUGAUUUUAACCCAAUUCAGCCGCCAGGCUCUGGACUCCUACCUCCAGCCAUCAACAGCUCGGUGGCCCAGCUCUCCCCCAAUGCGCAAAGGCGCACCCCCUAUGAGUGGAUGAGGCGCAGCGUCCCAACCAGCAGCAGCAGUGGCAAGACCAGAACAAAAGACAAGUACCGGGUGGUAUAUACGGACCACCAGCGCCUGGAGCUGGAGAAGGAAUUCCACUACAGCCGCUACAUCACCAUCCGGCGGAAAGCAGAGCUGGCGGCAACGCUAGGGCUCACCGAGCGGCAGGUGAAAAUCUGGUUCCAGAACCGGAGAGCCAAGGAGAGGAAGGUGAACAAGAAGAAGAUGCAGCAGCAGACGCAACCCACAAGCACCACCACUCCCACCCCGCCGGCCGUUGGCACCCCGGGUCCCAUUGGCGGUAUCUGCAGCAGCACCACCAACCUGGUCUCCUCUUCCCCAAUGACUAUCAAAGAAGAGUUCAUGCCCUAA